AUAGCGGCAAUCAAUAGCGGCAAGCAGCGGAAAGCGCUUUCGCUAUACUUCGUUUGUUUGCUUAAUAAGUUUGCACAAAUUGACUCCAUUUUUCUUUCAGUUACGCCGAAGAUAUUCUGACAUGCUGCUAUUAUGACAACUACAAGCAGUCAGUUGUCUCUUACUGCUUUGCCAAAGCAAAACUCAAGGCGUACGAGACUGAGAUUGAGAUUGAAAUAUAUAUUGCCAUGCUUCAUCUUCAUUUCUUCCACCCUGAGUAUUCUACAAGGCAGUUUCAUUCAUCCUAAAACAAUUUCUCAUGGACAGCAUCAAAGACGUUCCCUCCUGGAAGCUUCCAUUGUGUCCGGCAUCAAAUGCAUACCGUCCGGGAUUACUUCGUUUCCCGGCGACUUUUUCACUCAAGAAGAAAGGCAGCACGGAGGCAUUGUGAUACAUUUGAUUCUCAUCUUUUACAUUUGCUCCAUGAUUGCCGUGGUCUGUGACAAUUACUUUGUACCUGCUUUAGAAAUCAUCUGUGACAAGCUCAAACUCCCAGCCGACGUUGCUGGUGCUACUUUUAUGGCCAUUGGCGCGUCAUCCCCAGAACUAUUCUCAGCUAUUAUCGGUUCUUUUGUCACCGAAGGCGAUAUUGGAAUUGGAACGGUAAUUGGGUCGGCUGUGUUCAACAUACUGGGUAUAACAGGUGUAGUUGGUGUUAUACUGUGGAAACAGGUUCUUCCCAUAGAACGUUAUCCAUUGAUAAGAGACUGCAUAGCCUACGGAGUGACUGUUCUCUGCCUCAUACUCAUCAUUUCUGAUAACAUUGUUACAUGGUGGGAAUCUGCGAGUCUGCUUGUAGUCUUUUUCCUCUACCUGCUUCUUAUGUAUUUCAAUAGCGAAGUAGAAAAUUGUUCAAAAAUAAUGGUGAAGCGCAUGAAAUCUACAUCAUGUUGCUACUGUUGUUGCUGUGAUCAGAAUGAAGAGAAAAUACCUAUUAUGAGCAACAAAGUAUUUGUACCAAAAAUUCUCGAAUCUCAAAAGGACAAGUCUAAAAGCGAAUCUUACACUGUUGAAGUUGCAGAACGCAGUAAGGAAAGGGAGCUUCAAAAUAGCAGUUCAUUCCAUAGACAUGAUGAGUCUCUAUCAAGUGAAGAAGAGAAUCACGGAGGAACAAUUUGCUCUCCGCCUUCCGGAGGACCUUGGAGCUACGUUUGGUGGAUUCUGCUGUAUCCUGCUACAUUCCUUUUCUUCCUAACGAUUCCAAAAGGCAGCGAAACAACUUUCCGAAAAAUAUUUCCACUCACUUUUAUCACUGCUAUCACAUGGAUCGGAGGGUUAUCAUAUCUGGCUGUGUGGAUGGUAACAAUCAUAGGAUUCACUUUUUCCAUACCUGAGUCAGUUUCUGGUCUCACUAUCUUAGCUGCUGGGACAAGUAUUCCAGACAUUAUUUCCACUGUCAUUGUUGCUAAAAAUGGUUUGGGCAACAUGGCAGUCAGUAAUCUCGUCGGAAGCAAUACUUUUGACAUAUCUAUUUGCCUAGGAAUUCCAUGGUUGGCAAAAACUCUUCUUACAGAAGAAGGUUAUUUAAGAAUAUACAGCUCAGCAUUGACUUUUGCCACAGCAACGCUGUUUAUUACGCUUAUAAUCUUCUUCUUAAUCUUUCAGUUAUCGGGAUGGAAAUUAAACAGAGCGGUAGGCUUCACUUGUUUGAUAAUUUAUGUAAUAUUUGUAAUUUUAGCGUGCAUGUUUGAAUUUAAUAUAUUUGGAGAUAUAAAUCUACCUAUUUGUCCUGUGUUAGAAGAUGUGUAAAUAGUAGUUUUGAAAUGUGAUAUUAUAAAAUAAAAAAUAUGUAAAAUAC